AUGAAUCAACACGUUCUAAUGAUUAAUUAUAAAUAUAAAGCAAAGUUCCCAUUCUAUUUAAUACUUAUAUUCUUAAUAACAUUAUUCACAUUAAUUACAAUUACAAUAAAUUUAAAUUAUGAACAACUACAAGAAUUUAAUUUUAUAACUUCCAAACAACAAAUUGAUCCUUAUAGGAAAACAAUUAUCUUUCCAAAUAGUUUCCAUUUACCUGAUUCAAAACUUAAAGAUUACUACAUUGAUACAUUACAGCAAACAUUAGAUUCAAAUGAUGUUUUAAUCAAAAAUAAAGUAUUGUUUAAACCAUCAAUAGGAGGUAUACCUUAUUCAUCACAAGAAAUUCAAUUAUUUAAUGCUACAAAUAAUAAUAAUAAUCAAGAAUGUUCUGAAUCAUCAUCAAAGAUAAAAGUAGAUAUAAGUCCAGCAUAUAAUAAAAAUACAAAUAUUACAAGAAUAAUUGAAAAUUUUAUAAAUGAAAAUAAUUCAUAUUAUAAUGAAUUAAAACCAUUUUUUCCAGAAAUUGAAAAUCAAUUAAAUCAAGGAAUUAUUGAAAAUUAUUGGUUUCAACUUAUCGGAAGUUCAAUUUGGUUAAAAGAAUAUGGUAUAAAUUUAAUGAUUUCAAGAAUUGUUUAUUCAAGUAAACAAAAUCAUGGAUUUCCUCAAUUUUCUUUAAGUUAUCUUCAAAUUUAUGAUAAUGAAUGGAAUGAAUUAAAUAAUAUAGAAUUAAUUGUACCUACAGAUAAUGAUGGAGAUGACGAGAACAAAAAGUUUAAAAUAAUGAAGUAUCCUAGUAUAUCACCGAUUCCUAUAUAUCAUAAUAUUAGAGAUUAUUCAAUUGGUAAACCUAUUGGAAUUGAAGAUCCAAGAAUUCAAUUAAUUAAAAAUGAAAAAGGAUUUGAAGAACCUAUAAUUAUAUUUAAUUCACAACAUUAUAAAAUCAAUAAAGAAAAAUCUAAACCAGGACAAGAGUUAAAAUACGAUAAAAAUAGAUCAAUUUUCAUUGGAUGGUUAUGGAAGAAUCAAAAGGGGAAAUUUAAUGUUGAAGAAAUAUCAAAUUCAAAAUAUGAUAAUUUUGAAUAUAUUAAAAUUAAACAUAUGGAAUUACCUAAUGAUGAACAAUCAGGAGUUGAAAAAAAUUGGUCAUUAAUGAUAAAUAAUCAAGAUAGAUUAACUUUUGGAUAUGAUAAGUAUAUAUAUUUUGUUUAUCAAUUUCUUAAUUUGAAAAUAUUGAAAUGUUCACUUCAAGAUGAUGAUACAACAUGUGAAUGGGAAUAUAAAGCAAAUGAAUCUAAAGAAGUUGGAUUAUUCCAUGGGGGCACAGAAUUAAUCAAUAUAAAUCAAAUCAUAGAAGAAGAUAACAAUCCAAAUAAACAAUUAAUGAAAUUACAACAGAAUAUACCUAAAGGAAGAGAAAUUUGGAUUGGAUUUGCAAGAGCAGUAUUAUUGCAUUGUGGAUGUGGUAGUACUAUGUAUAGACCAAAUUUAGUUAUAAUUAUGAAAGAUAAAUCAAAUUAUAAAUUAGCUUAUGUUUCAUCCUUUUCAGAUUUAGGUAUUGAAAUAUUACCAUGGUAUAAAAAUGGCAAGUUAUGUGAUGUUAAAAAUUUAAUUAUUCCUAAUGGGAUUUCUUCAUGGACAAUUGAUUCUAAUCCAAAAGGUAAUAUUAUUGAUACCAUGUCAUUUACAAUAACAAGAAGAGAUGCUACUGUUGAUUUGGUAUUUAUGAAAGGAUUAUUAACUGCUGUAUUGUUUGACUCAAAUAUGAGAUUAUUUGAGGAAGACCAUGAAAAUCAAAUUGGGUUUAAAUCUAAUCAUAAUAUCAAUUGUGCAUUGGCUGAAUCAAUGAAUUUUUGUAAGAAAUAUGGUAAAUUACAUAAAGAUUAA